ACUACCCGCAAGAUGGCUGGUACUGUACCUGAACAUAAUGGUGAUGGGAUUACACAUGAUGGUGAAGGAGUGUCGGAGAAAACCCUCCAUACUCCAGAACGUGUUAGUGACCGCCUUAAGCGUUUGAAACUUGGUGCGCGCAUAUCGAGCCAGCCUGAUAACGACGAUUUUGUCGAUGAUGUACCCCUAGCAGAUAGUAAAACAAAACGGCCUGUCACCCGUCGUACUACAAGACUGUCGUUAGUACAACAAGGCGACACGUCUGCAAAGCACGAUAACACACAAGAAGAUCCGACGUUGGAUAGAAUGAUCGAUUCGCCAGAACGUGUCGGUGACUAUUUGAAGCAUUCAAAUGUUGGUGCACGCAUAAUGGGCCAGCCUGAUAGUGAUAAUGUCCUUGAUGAUCAAGACGACACGACCACUGAACAUGCUCUCGCACAAGACGACCCAAUGUCAAAGGGAUCUCUUAACGAACCAGAACGCGUUGGUGACCUUCCGAAGCAUUCAAAAGCUGGUGAACGCAUAACGCGCCAAAAUGCUAGUGACGAUGACCUUGACGAUGUACCCCUGUCAGAACUUGCAAAAAAACGAUAUGGUGCUCGACAUAGCACAAGCCUUCCCUUAUUACACCAAGGCGACACGUCCAUGAAUCAUAAUAACAAACAAGACGUUAAGGGUAAAAGUGAAAUGGCUGAUACCGAUAUUGUAGUCGAACAUGAUACAAGGUUGUACUGUCCGUGCGAUCAGUCACACGAACAUUUCCCGGUGUUUAGAUCAUGGAGCAACGAGGCGUUAAAAGCUAGAGAACGCGCCGAGAUUGUUUCGGGGGCUUUUGGUAGAGGUUUUGUGGAUGUAGACUUCCGUUCGAUUGCUGAUAGUCGCCGGUUGGAUAAAAGCGGACUGAAAUAUGACGGUGCAAGUGAUGUUGCUGGUGUGACAGAGGGACACUGCAUCGUUCAGGAGUUUGCUUCUAAAACUCGACUUCUCGCCACCACCGGAGUUGAAAUAUUACAGUUGGUUGAAAAGGCGCCGCAUGUUCUUCUAGGAGAUGUGAACUUUGUGAAAAUACACGAGGCCGCUCAGAAGCUUCUUGGUGUGUAUAUUGAGCCGGCUGCUGGGAUGCAAACAGAAGUUGAUGUGCAAAAAGUCACAGUUGGAUUGUCUGACAAGUCGACUGACAAGGCAGCGAUUGUUGAAGAUUCUGGCCUGGAACCCGAUAAGUAUGUUACUAUAGGUAUAAACGUGUAA